AUGGCGUCUGGGAAGGCGAUGGAGCAGGCCAUGCCCUGGCCCCCCCACCCGGCCCCCAGGGCCCGCAGCUGCCCCCCUGCCGCCCUGCGGAGGUGGCUGCCCCUCCUGGCCUGGCUGCCCCACUACUCCACGCAGUGGCUGAGGAUGGACCUCGUGGCGGGGCUCUCGGUCGCGCUCACGGUCAUCCCCCAGGCGCUGGCCUACGCCGAGGUGGCUGGACUCCCUCCCCAGUACGGCCUCUACUCCGCCUUCGUGGGGUGCUUCGUGUACGUCUUCCUGGGUACCUCUCGCGACGUGACGCUGGGCCCCACGGCCAUCAUGUCCCUCCUGGUCUCCUCCUACACCUUCCGUGAGCCUGCCUACGCCGUGCUGCUCGCCUUCCUGUCCGGCUGCGUCCAGCUAGCCAUGCGGUUCCUGUGCCUGGGGUUCCUGCUGGACUUCGUCUCCUGCCCCGUCAUCAAAGGUUUCACCUCCGCUGCUGCCGUCACCAUUGGCGUCGGGCAGAUCAAGAACCUGCUGGGACUGCAGCGCGUCCCCAGACAGUUCUUCCUGCAGCUGUAUCACACCUUCCGCAGCCUCGGGGAGACCAGGGUGGGCGAUGCCGUGCUGGGCCUGGUCUGCCUGCUGCUGCUGCUGCUGCUGCGGCUGAUGCGGGCCCACAUGCCCCCCGUGCCCCCCAACACACCCCCCGGAGUGCGGCUCAGCCUCGGGCUGGUCUGGACGGCCACGACCGCCCGCAACGCCCUGGUGGUGUCCGGCGCCGCCCUGAUGGCCUACUCCUGCGACGUGGCCGGCUACCGGCCUUUCGUCCUCACUGGGGAGAUAGUCCAGGGGCUCCCUGCGGUGCGGGUCCCCCCCUUCUCACUGACCACGGCCAACGGGACGGUCUCCUUCUCCCAGAUGGUCCAGGACAUGGGGGCCGGGCUGGCCGUGGUGCCGCUGAUGGGCCUGCUGGAGAGCAUCGCCGUGGCCAAGGCCUUCGCGUCUCAGAAUCACUACCGCAUCGACGCCAACCAGGAGCUGCUGUCCAUCGGUGAGGCCGCGUCGGGCGCGUCUCCGCCCCGUGGAGUUGGGCCGAUGGUGGUGAUGCCCGUCCGGGAGGUGUUAGCGCGGCUCGUUUCCUCUGUCUUCACUCGGUCCGCCACCUCCGCCUGUUCUCCAUGCCGCGCGCCUUCCCUCCCGGUGACCCUCUCCCGCUUGGUGCGCAGGCCUGACCAACGUCCUGGGCUCCUUCUUCUCCUCCUUCCCGGUCACCGGCAGCUUCGGGCGGCCGCGCUGGCGGCCGUCAUCAUCAUGGCCGUGGCCCCGCUGCUGGACGCCGGGAUCGCCCGGACGCUGUGGCGCGUGAGGAGGCUGGACCUGCUGCCCCUGAGCGUGACCUUCCUGCUCUGCUUCUGGGAGGUGCAGUAUGGCAUCCUGGCGGGCACGCUGGUGUCCCUGCUGAUCCUGCUGCGCUCCGUGGCCAGGCCCGGCAUGCAGGUGUCCGAGUGGCCGGUGCUGGUGGUACAGCCGGCCGGCGGCCUGCACUUCCCCGCCAUCGAGGCCCUGCGCGAGGCAGUGGAGAGCCGCGCCCUGGGAGCGUCCCCGCCGCGCAGCGCGGUCCUGGAGUGCAGCCAUGUCUGCAGCCUCGACUACACGGUGGUGCUGGGGCUCCGGGAGCUGCUGGAGGACUUCCGGCGGCGGGACCUCACCCUCGUCCUCGUUGGCCUGCAGGAGCCCGUGCGCCGCGUCCUGCUGUCCGCUGACCUGAGGGCCCCGCACUUCCCCAGCCUGCAGGAGGCAGAGAGAUACCUGAGCCAGGAGCCGGGCACCCAGCCCCACAGUUUCAGCCACGACUCUGUCCCGGAGCCCUUGCUGCGCUGCUGAAGGCCGAGCGGCUGGGUUGGAGAGCCUCACAGAAGGUUCUCGUGUGAGGCCGGAGCUGCGCUGGCCGGAGGGUCUGAGGAAGCCGGAGCGGGGACCCGGAGGAAGGAGGGCACGGCCCCACUGGCUUCCCCCGGGCUGAUGGAAGCUUGACCUCCUACCGACCUGGGGCAGAGCCCUUGUUUGGAGAGAGACUUCCAGAAAGACAGAUCCCAGGGUGUCAGCCUGGGCCAGGAAUGGUCCCCGCAGCCCAGCACCUUCCUGGCUUGGGGGGGCAUCUCCCCGGCGGUGCUAAUCCCCCCCCCCCCCCCCCCGCCCCGUGCUGUUCUGGGAGGAACAGGUGUGCAGUAGCCUGGUGCCUGCUGAAGGGCGGGGAGGCUGGACUGCAUUGUUACUGUCGCUGUUAAUCCUCCUGGGAAGGUCUUUUUCCGUUGACUUUGGAGCAAGUGGAAGGGAAGGGGCGAGAUGGAGAGAGAAACAUCCCCUGAGAGAGACACAUCGGCUGGCUGCCUUCCGCACGCACCCGACCCGGGCCAGGGCUGAGCCUGCAACCGAGCGACGUGCCUUUAAUUGGAGUCCAACCGGGACCCUUCAGUCCUCAGGCUGACACUAUCCACUGAGCCAAACCAGCCAGGGCACAUUGCUGGUUGUUUUUUUUUAAUUAAAGAAAAGUAAUAG